GUUGACAUCCAGCUGGCCACUUGGAAACAUCUCUUCUCCUCUCUCCUCUGUGUCAACAAUGGUGACGAAGGCAGUGGUGGUGAUGGUGGUGGUGGUGAUGAUAAUGGUGUUGGGUGAGCCAGCCAGCGCCUCUCUUCUCCCAGCAGGGAGCGGCGCCCCCAGCACAACAUGGUGAUGGGGGGCGGGGAGGUGGGACCAGAGUACCUCCAUCACUUACAGUCAGAUCUUGCCCAGCUUCGCCAACACGCCCUGCCAGAGAUCCGUGACGUUAGGAUCGUUGACGGCAACACUGGGCCCAGACUGGACAUGCCACUAACAGGCUGCCGUGACUCGCUAGACUGCCACCACCGCUUCGCCAACUACUUAGGACUCCUUGUUAGAAUGAUCGAGACUGGCAGGAAGUGAAGAGGAAGAGGAGGAGGAAGAAGAGGAGGAGGAGGAGGAGGAGGAAGAGGAGGUGGUGGUGGUGGUGGUUGAG